CACAAACAAAAGAAAGUUAUCUUUUUUUUUCGCUGGAAACCGACAAUAAUUAUUUAUUUACCUUCAGUAAUUGUACGUAGUGCAUCAUUCGAACUUUUAAAUUCAUUCAAUCACUCCAAUCUCAAAUCUAUCAUCAAUACUUACGGUCUACACAUUGCGAAAUCUUUAAGUUACUUACCCACAACUACGGCAUCGAAGUGGGCGUCAUUAAACGCUGAGGAGGCGGCGGCUAACGAACGCACACCGCUCAUGGACGUAUGCUUCAAUGCCGCGUCGCCGUCCGAUGGUGUGAUGGCGCCGGCGGCGGGUGAGGAUCACAGCCAGAGCGGCACAACAGAGCGUUUGGAACGUCCUCCAAGGCGGCAACAACAACAACAGCGGACUAACUAUGGCACCAAUGGACAGAUGGUAAUUAACAAUGCAGAUCAGGCGGAUGGGGCUGUGCUUACUGUGCCCAGCGUCGUCAUACGUGACUCCAGCUCUAGGCCCUCAAGACUGAGAGCAGGAGCUGAUGGUGAUGGUGACGGUGAUCCCGGACCUUCGCAACGUGAAAUUGAAGAGGAGCAAGGUCUGAAGUAUGGUGCCCAACAUGUCAUUAAGUUAUUUGUGCCCGUUUCGCUUUGCAUGCUGGUCGUUGUGGCCACAAUCAACUCAAUUAGCUUCUACAACAGCACGGAUGUCUAUCUUCUGUAUACGCCUUUUCAUGAGCUGUCGCCAGAGCCAAGCGUCAAGUUCUGGAAUGCUUUAGCCAACUCAUUGAUCCUAAUGAGUGUGGUUGUUCUAAUGACCAUUCUACUUAUUGUCCUGUAUAAGAAACGCUGCUAUCGCAUCAUUCAUGGCUGGCUUAUACUCUCCUCAUUUAUGCUGCUCUUCAUUUUUACAUACUUAUACUUGGAGGAGCUACUGCGGGCAUAUAACAUUCCCAUGGACUAUCCAACGGCUGUGUUUAUCAUGUGGAACUUUGGCGUGGCCGGCAUGAUGUCCAUACAUUGGGUGGGUCCAUUGCGUUUGCAGCAGGGAUAUCUAAUAUUUGUAGCUGCUCUGAUGGCCCUAGUAUUCAUCAAGUAUUUGCCGGAAUGGACAGCCUGGGCAGUACUGGCAGCCAUCUCUAUUUGGGAUCUCAUUGCCGUGCUGUCGCCACGGGGACCGCUGCGUAUUUUGGUGGAAACUGCACAGGAGCGCAACGAGCAAAUCUUUCCCGCUUUGAUAUACUCCUCUACCGUCAUUUAUACAUAUAUGGGCACACACUAUACGCCGCAACAGCCACUGCCAACGGAUACAUCAUCGCCGUCAUCAACCAACUCCACAACGACAACGCGAGUCACAACACAAAACUCCUUAGCUUCACCUGAUCCGACAACAGGUGCCAGCAGCAGUUCACGUUCAGGUUCAGGUAAUACGCGCAACAACGGCCAUCAGCAGGAGAAUCCGAAUCAGAAUCAGACGGCUGCUGAAGGUAUGCCACUUGUGAGAUUUAAAAGCAAUUUGCACGGAAACGCGGAGGCCGCUGGAUUCACACAGGAAUGGUCCGCGAAUCUCAGCGAUCGCGUGGCGCGGCGUCAAAUUGAGGUGCAGAGCACGCAGAGCGGCAAUGGACAUCGCUCCAAUGAAUAUCGAACGGUCCCCGCACCUAAUCAGCCCCAGAUGGAAGCGCAGGAGGAACGUGGCAUUAAACUGGGACUUGGCGAUUUCAUAUUCUACUCUGUGCUGGUGGGGAAGGCGUCCAGCUAUGGCGACUGGACGACAACAAUUGCCUGUUUUGUGGCCAUACUUAUUGGCCUUUGCCUGACGCUGCUGCUCUUGGCCAUUUGGCGCAAGGCUUUGCCAGCUCUGCCAAUUUCCAUAACAUUUGGCCUGAUAUUUUGCUUUGCCACCAGCGCUGUGGUAAAGCCAUUUAUGGAGAACCUUUCCGCAAAACAAGUGUUUAUAUAAAAGACAAGGAAUUUAACUGAUUAAUUGAUGGCUUAAUAUUCUGUGUAUCUAUGUAAUCAUAGUCCCAUUUACAAUACAUUUCUUUAUUUAACAAAGCGUAGUAACAAAGACAAAA